AUGGAUACCACUAGGCGAAAACUUUUCUCUGGCCUGGGAUUUUCAUUACGACGUGCAAGAGCCUUGGGUCUGUUCGAGACGGCCGAAUAUGUCAGCAUGGCGAUGGUUUCGGCUAGUGGUCCACAAGUGGCUACCUUCCCAGUGGCCAGCAAGAGGGAGGUGCUUUGUUUGAGUGACCUUAUUCCGUGUCAUGCCUCGGCUUCCCACAGAGACACCGCAUGUCAAACGAACGUGGACAUUCUAACAAGGACGCAAUUCGAGGUCAUCAUGAAGGAUAUGCAGGCCAUGUUCCUCAGCACGCUUGAGCAGAUCAAAAAACAACUCGUCGAGCGGGAGGGCGCAAUUCAGGCUCUCGAGCAACAGAUCUGUGAGCAAAAGAUUCCCAGCGUUACGGUUGCAACCCAGGAAGUCUCUUCCUGUCACCCACAGAGUGGUGGCAAAACUUCGUCGCCAGAUGCUGAGCAAGAGGUCAAGAUGGAAGAUGCCAGGCCCCGAUCGGGUACUACACUGUUCUCGGCCAACAGGCAGAGUGGCUCGCUCGAUGCACUGCGUCAACAACACGAGGUCGAGCGACGGGUGCAUAAGGAAAGGUGUAGAGAAGAGAGGAAACGGAAGCUUGACCGGCCAGGGUGA